CGACGGCCAGGUCGCUGCAGUCGUCAAGCGUCUGCCUUUGCAACGCCCCUCUUCAGGGAAGGGAAUGGUCGGCUUUUAAAGCGAUAAGGCGAGCGGACCCUUUCCAGUGUGUUUUGAGGAAAAAGUGAAACUGGAUCUGCGAGGACUGGAUGUCCGAGGGGAAAAAAAAGCAGAGGGGAAAGCGCAACAUCAACUUUACGGAAUAAAAUAACCACCUCUGAGAAGAGCCGGAUAAGAUGGCGUCGGCCAACGAUACCCGUCAGCAGACGCAGGUCCAGAAGGAUGUAGCCGAUCAGAAUUUUGACUACAUGUUCAAGCUGCUCAUCAUCGGCAACAGCAGUGUGGGGAAAACUAGUUUCCUGUUUCGUUACGCUGACGACUCCUUCACCUCUGCGUUUGUCAGCACGGUCGGCAUCGACUUCAAAGUCAAAACGGUGUACCGCAACGAGAAACGAGUCAAACUGCAAAUAUGGGACACAGCAGGGCAGGAAAGGUACCGCACUAUCACCACAGCGUACUACAGAGGGGCCAUGGGCUUCUUGCUAAUGUACGACAUCACUAACCAGGAGUCCUUCUAUGCUGUGCAAGACUGGGCAACACAGAUUAAAACGUACUCAUGGGACAACGCUCAGGUGAUUCUGGUGGGAAACAAAUGUGAUCUGGAGGACGACAGACUGGUGUCCAGAGAGGAUGGACAGAGACUGGCGAAUGAUCUAGGCUUCCAGUUUUUCGAGGCCAGCGCGAAGGAUAACAUUAACGUCAAGCAGGUGUUCGAGCGGCUGGUCGAUAUCAUCUGCGACAAAAUGAACGAGAGCUUGGACGGAGACCCGAGCGUGUUAACCAAUCACAAAGGCCCGGCUCUGCAAGACACGCCCCCCGAUGGACAGAGCAGCUGUGGAUGUUAAUGAUCGCCUCUCGGCAAACACUCGUACCUGAAGGCAAACAUUCACACGCACGAACACACUCCCUCUCUCGCUCUAACACGUACACCGGAAGAGAGACUCUCUCACAAGCGUAUAUGUAGUAUGAAAUGCCAACCAAACUGUAAGAAUACGGCAUAAACCCCUUAAAAUGAAUCGUUUGAGUCACUUGAGCAGGCCCCUCGGGGAUCGAAUGAAAAGGGAUGGGUGCGUGGCUGCUAAUACGCCGGACUGAUAUCAUGAUGAGAACAGACGGGAAAGUCCUGCCAGGGUCUCGGCUGAAUGCUCAACGUUUUAGGAGAGUUUCAAAACCACCGCAGUGUCUGUUUACAGCUCGCUCCCAUAAAAUGCAUCUGUCUAGUCGUCGUUCUGAAGUAGCUUUGAAAUGUAUAAACCUUUGAACGAUAUAAACCUUUUAGGACUGCUCUGGAAAUGUCCGGACCAUGUGAUUGUUACUUGUUUCAAAGCAAGUCACGUUAUAUUUGUCUUUGCCAUUUGCUUUAAAUGCAAUAAAUUCGCUUCCCUGUGGA